GUCAGUCAAAUAAAAACAGAGGGUAUUUCUGUCCCUGUUACAAGGAAAUACUUGACAAUGCUAAAUAAAGUUAAAUAAAAAUGAAGUAACAGCUGUUGCAUUCAGACUCGAUUAAUCUGUUAUUGUGCUGUGAGGUCAGCCUAUCAUUCCCCUAAAUCAUGUGAAUUCAUUGAUCAGGCUCCUACUUUCCAGUCCUCAUCACAGCUGCAAAGUACUGUUCUGUUCUGCUUCUCCAGGUGCUGUGACAAACCAGACAUAAAUGUUUCUCUUUCCUUAUCUUUUAAUGGCCUUCUAUCUCUCAGUUGCUGGUUGAGUGUUUGGAAUUCAGAAGAAUACUAGCGUUGCAAUUUUUCUUGAGUGUAUUAUGCACUUUGGAACCUAAGGGGAAGAGGCUGUCUGUCCAUAUGAAAAACACUUGCAACACUUUCCUUUAACUUCACAUUAUUGCAUGCUGUUAUCAGGUCUUAUUUUCUCAGGUGCCCAUGUUUUAGUAACACACACCCCAGCUCAAAUUUCGAAAGACUUUUUUAAUGCAGAUUUUCAAGCAUAGGCACUGCAACUUUGCCUCUCCACUGGUACCUCUUGUCCUUACCUGGCCUUGGCAUAGAGUUUGAAUCUGAUUGUUCUUGUGUAAAAUGAUGCUCUGUAGCAUUAUUUCUAUUUGCUAUGUUUCUGAUUGGCAAAAAAAACAUGCUUUUUUAAGUGUCUGUGGACACUUAUGUUAGUAUUUUAUUUUGCACUUUUUCCCCCUGCCAUGGGAUUUGCAUGUCAUUUUUUCCUCUUUGCUCCAUGUAGAUGAAGUGGGGUCGAUUUUGGUGGUCAUUGUUGCCUCUUGUGUAGCCAGGUUAAUAUCUGAGUGUUUCACACGUKCUCUUGUCUGAGUAAGGCAAAGACAUGGUGGAAAAUGGUUAAAUGAAAUAUGAACAACUUUUCCCCCUAUUAUUUGUAAAAUGAACUGCCAAAGGUGUCUUUUUUUGGGUGAUUUUCAGAUUAURAAGUUGCACAAACAUGCAUCUAAUUAUUUUUUAUAUUGCACUGCCUUACAGGUUGGCUUGCAAUCAGCUUUGCUAAUUCUUCUAGGGAGUUAACUUUGCCAUCAGAAAUGGAGUACAGGACUCAGCUGCCACAUCCCAAGUGACCGAAUCAUUGUAUGCAAAAUGGAGAAGAAGCGUAGAAAGAAAUGAGCCUGUUCACUAGGCUUGACCUGAAAAGACCAUGAAAUCUCUGCUUAUUUUGGAUCCAGCUUUAGGAAUAUCCAGUUGAUCAGCACAGUGAAAGCAACAUUUCCUGGAACAAAAAUGAACUAGUUUAUAAAGAAGAAAACUGUGAUUUGAUUAUAUGGAAUUUUUGGAAUGAAACCAUUUUCUUCUAUGACCAUGAAGUUUGCAAACAUCUGGCUUGUUCUGGUUGUUAUUUUACUCUGUGGCAAAAAACACUUUGGUACCAGAGUAGGGAAUUCYUCUCAUGAGGCUCACGUAUGUCCUGGAUGUUCACGCCUUACUUUGAAAGUGGAGUUCACUUCGACAGUUGUGGAGCAUGAGUAUAUUGUGGCUUUUAAUGGAUACUUCACAGCUAAAGCUCGAAGUAAAUUUAUUUCAAGUGCACUAAAAAGCAGUGAUAUUGAAAACUGGAGAAUUGUACCUCGCAACAACCCAGCUAGUGACUAUCCAAGUGAUUUUGAAGUUAUUCAGAUCAACGAGAAGCAGAAGGAUGGAGUCCUCACACUGGAAGAUCAUCCAAACAUCAARCGUGUGACACCUCAGCGAAAGGUUUUUCGGUCGCUCAAGUAUUUGGAAUCUGAUCCAGUGCUGCACUGCAACGAAACCAGGUGGACUCAGAAGUGGCAGUCAUCCCGGCCCUUGAGGAGAGCAAGCCUUUCUCUGGGUUCUGGCUUCUGGCACGCCACCGGCCGGCACUCCAGCAGGCGCUUGCUGAGAGCCAUCCCUCGCCAGGUUGCUCAGACCUUGCAGGCAGAUGUCCUCUGGCAGAUGGGUUACACAGGUGCUGGUGUGAGAGUAGCAGUGUUUGACACUGGUCUGAGUGAGAAACAUCCACAUUUCAAAAAUGUAAAGGAGAGAACAAACUGGACUAAUGAGAGAACCUUGGAUGAUGGUUUAGGCCAUGGGACUUUCGUAGCAGGUGUGAUAGCCAGCAUGAGGGAAUGCCAGGGGUUUGCUCCAAAUGCAGAACUGCACAUUUUCAGAGUGUUCACUAAUAAUCAGGUCUCGUAUACAUCUUGGUUUCUGGAUGCUUUUAAUUAUGCAAUUUUAAAGAAGAUAGAUGUACUGAAUCUAAGUAUUGGUGGACCAGACUUCAUGGAUCAUCCAUUUGUUGACAAAGUUUGGGAGCUGACUGCCAACAAUGUCAUCAUGGUCUCUGCUAUUGGCAACGAUGGCCCUUUAUAUGGGACUCUCAAUAAUCCUGCUGACCAGAUGGAUGUGAUUGGAGUAGGUGGCAUUGACUUUGAAGAUAAUAUAGCUCGCUUUUCAUCUAGGGGAAUGACCACUUGGGAGCUGCCUGGAGGUUAYGGCAGAGUGAAGCCUGAUAUUGUCACUUACGGCUCUGGAGUGAGAGGGUCUGGUAUGAAAGGUGGAUGCCGCUCCCUCUCUGGGACAAGUGUGGCAUCUCCUGUGGUGGCAGGUGCUGUCACUUUGUUAGUGAGCACCGUUCAGAAGCGUGAAAUGGUGAAUCCAGCAAGUAUGAAGCAGGCCCUUAUUGCAUCAGCACGGAGACUUCCUGGAGUCAACAUGUUUGAGCAAGGACAUGGCAAAUUGGAUCUUCUAAGAGCUUAUCAGAUCCUCAACAGCUAUAAACCACAGGCCAGUUUGAGUCCAAGCUAUAUUGACUUGACUGAAUGUCCCUACAUGUGGCCCUAUUGUUCUCAGCCCAUAUAUUAUGGAGGGAUGCCAACUAUUGUCAAUGUUACUAUCCUUAAUGGCAUGGGAGUCACAGGGAGAAUUGUAGACAAGCCAGACUGGCAACCCUAUCUCCCUCAAAAUGGGGAUAACAUUGAGGUGGCUUUCUCCUAUUCCCCUGUCUUGUGGCCUUGGUCUGGAUAUUUGGCAAUUUCCAUCUCUGUAGCAAAGAAAGCAGCAUCUUGGGAAGGCAUUGCUCAGGGUCAUGUUAUGAUCACAGUAUCAUCCCCUGCAGAAAAUGAAUCUAAGAAUGGUGCAGAGCAGACUUCUACAGUGAAGCUCCCAAUAAAAGUGAAGAUUAUUCCUACUCCACCUCGUAGUAAGCGAGUCCUKUGGGAUCAAUAUCACAACCUCCGUUAUCCUCCAGGAUACUUCCCCAGGGAUAAUUUGAGGAUGAAGAAUGAUCCGUUAGAUUGGAAUGGUGACCAUAUCCACACAAACUUCAGGGACAUGUACCAGCACCUCAGGAGCAUGGGGUACUUUGUUGAGGUUCUUGGUUCCCCGUUUACAUGUUUUGAUGCAAGUCAGUAUGGGACUUUAUUGAUGGUGGACAGUGAGGAAGAAUAUUUCCCUGAAGAGAUCACCAAGUUGAGGAGGGAUGUUGAUAAUGGACUUUCACUAAUAGUCUUUAGUGACUGGUACAACACGUCUGUGAUGAGAAAAGUCAAGUUUUAUGAUGAAAACACAAGGCAGUGGUGGAUGCCUGAUACUGGUGGUGCUAAUAUACCAGCUCUCAAUGAUCUGCUUUCUGUCUGGAAYAUGGCCUUUAGUGAUGGGCUCUAUGAAGGGGAUUUUACCAUGGCAAGUCAUGAAAUGAAUUAUGCGUCAGGGUGUAGUAUUGCAAAGUUUCCAGAAGAUGGCAUCGUCAUCGCACAGACUUUUAAGGAUCAAGGUCUUGAAGUUUUAAAGCAGGAGACUGCUGUAAUUGAAAAUGUCCCUAUUUUGGGGCUUUACCAAGUUCCUCUGGAAGGCGGUGGCAGAAUUGUUCUGUACGGAGACUCCAACUGCCUGGAUGACAGCCAUCGCCAGAAAGAUUGCUUUUGGCUCCUGGAUUCCCUGCUGCAGUACACAUCCUACGGGGUGAUGCCGCCCAGUCUCAGCCACUCCGAGAACAGGCAGCGGCCGCCGUCGGGAGCCGGCUUCUCCCUCCCCGAGCGCAUGGAAGGUAACCAUUUGCAUCGAUACUCAAAGGUGCUYGAGGCUCACUUGGGAGACCCUAAACCCCGGUCUCUUCCUGCUUGUCCUCAUUUGUCCUGGGCCAAACCACAACCUUUGAAUGAAACUGCCCCCAGCAACCUUUGGAAACAUCAAAAAUUACUSUCAAUUGACCUUGAUAAAGUGGCACUGCCCAGUUUCCGACAGAACCGACCCCAAGUGAGACCAUUGUCUCCUGGAGAAAGCGGAGCAUGGGACAUUCCUGGUGGUAUAAUGCCGGGCCGGUACAAYCAGGAUGUGGGACAGACCAUUCCCGUCUUUGCCUUUCUCGGUGCCAUGGUGGUCCUGGCGUUCUUUGUGGUGCAGAUCAACAAAGCRAAGAGCAGGCCAAAGAGACGGAAACCGCGAGUGAAACGACCACAGCUGAUGCAGCAGGUUCAUCCACCAAAGACACCUUCUGUGUGAAAGCUCUGCCUUGCCAAAGAUGACUUCCUUUGACCAGUUGCUUUCCAGGGCCAUGGAUCGCUCCCAGUGGAGGUGCAGUGAUUGUGCACCUGACAUCAUCUCAUAGUCUUUGGUUUGUGGAGAGGAAAAGAAAGAACGUCAGCUGAUGGUCUGUACAUAAAACUGCAGCUUUAAGCAGCUGAAGCCACCAAAGACUUGAAUACUGUUUAAAUGGCUGCWUAGUCACUACAUAUCCCAAGAGGGGGAAAAUGGACCUUUUUUUUAAGCUGACCAAACUAAAAUUUAUUUGUUUAGAGGCUAUUUUCUAUAUUUAUUGUUGGGGAGGGUGGGGGAAAAGUCACUUUAAGGGCCUCUGCUAAGGAAAAACAAGUGCAUUUUUUUGGAUCGAAUGCAAUUUUCUAGAAUGRUAUUAUGCUGAAGAGUAUAACGUGCACCAUUAAAGGAGGAAGGGGCUGAGAGAGACCAGUACAAAUCAGUGAGGCAUACUCCUGCAGUUUAUUUUUAUAAAGCCAACUACCAUGAUGUUUUGUAAUUUUUGGUCAUGAUUUCACCAUUGUUGGUGAAGCAGAUUUUUCAAUAAAUAUGUUAUCUAUAUGAAGCAAAGACAA